GUCCCGGACAUCUCUGCGUCUGAAGGCUUCGUGGUUGGGGAAGUCACUAAGAAAAGCAUUCUCAUUUCUUGCCCUCAUGAAAAUGUGUCCACCAAGUUCCUGGCCCCGCACACAACUUUUAGGAGAAUUCAUCAGAAAAGCAUUACCUGUCUUGAUAUUUCCAGUGGUGGAGGGCUUGGCGUGUCUACCAGCACCGAUGGGACCAUGAAAAUCUGGCAGGCUGCAAACGGAGAAAUAAGAAGACUAUUGGAAGGCCAUGUGUAUGAUGUGAAUUGUUGCAGGUUUUUCCCAUCGGGCCUCGUGGUUCUGAGUGGGGGAAUGGAUGCCCAGCUAAAAAUCUGGUCAGCAGAAGAUGCCAGCUGCGUAGUAACAUUUAAAGGUCACAAAGGAGGUAUUUUGGACACUGCCAUCGUGGAUCGGGGAAGAAAUGUCCUUUCCUGCUCUAGAGACGGCACUGCCCGCCUCUGGGACUGCGGAAAAUCCGCCUGCCUGGGUGUCAUCGCUGACUGUGGCUCUCCUGUCAACGGCAUUGCUGUGGGCACAGCUGACGACUCGCUGAACCUGGGCACGCCUGAAAAAGCUCCUAGUGAACGUGAGGUUGGGACGGAAGGAAAAAUCCUGCUGCUGGCUCGAGAAGACAAAAAACUUCAAGGAGUGGGACUGCAGAGCAGGCAGCCGGUGUUCCUCUUCGUUGGAUCGGAUGCCUUCAACUGCUGCACGUUCCUCUCCAGUACCUAUAUCCUAGCUGGGACUCAGGAUGGGAACAUCUAUCAGCUGGAUGUGAGAAACACAAAUGCUCCAGUCCAGGUCAUCCACAGAUCAGGAGCCCCAGUGCUUUCGCUGCUCCCGUACCAAGAUGGAUUUGUUGCCAGCCAAGGUGAUGGAACCUGCUUUGUCAUUCAGCAAGACCUCGAUUAUGUCCUCGAUCUCACAGAAGCUGACUGUGACCCUGUGUACAAG